AUGUCCGACUCAAUCCCAUCCGCAACCGAACCAGCAGACCAACCUCCCCUUCCCGCAAACGCCGAAGACCGCAAAGCCGCCGCAGCGCUCUCGUCCCUGAACACAACAGAACUAGCCUCCUCCGAUGCAAGUCCCGCAAAGGGCCGCUCAAAUGCCGAGCAAGAGGCUCUCGACAGAGCGAUGAAUCGGCUCGAGAUCGCUGCGGGGCAGGGAGGGGCACCGAGGAAAUCAUCUCAGCCGUUGAAGGAGACUGAGGUGAAGAAGACGGUUAAGAUUGCGGCGGCUGAUGUUUCAUUUUUGGCUGAACAGCUAGAUGUACAUAAAUCCAAGGCGACGGAAUUGCUUCGUGCUCAAGAGGGUGAUGUAACUCGUGCCAUGAGGGCAUUUAUUACUCCGUCGUUUCGAGCAUGA